GAAGAGCUAGGCUUCAAACUCCGUUUUCUCCACCAAAACUUUGGUCAUCAUCCUCCAUCACCCAAAAUGUCCACCCGCCAGACUAAAUCUACACAAGACAGACAUGAACGCUUAUUAAUCGAGCUGAUCAAGCAGCCAGGAAACAACGUUUGUGUCGACUGCCGAGCAAAAAAUCCUCGAUGGGCAUCACAUAACCUCGGUGUAUUUUUGUGUAUACGAUGUGGUGGCCUCCAUAGAAGAAUGGGAACCCAUAUUUCCAAGGUCAAGUCCGUCACUAUGGACUCUUGGACAAUGGAGCAAAUUGAGAGCAUUAAAGCUAGCGGAGGCAACGAUGCUGUGAACAGAAUAUACAAUCCACAUCCGGAAAAGCACCCUUUGCCACUCGCGGAUGACGAUCAUGGCAUGGAAAGAUAUAUUCGAAAUAAGUGGGAAAAGAAAAGUUUUAUGAAUGCUCCCCCACAACCUGCAGCAGCUGCAAGCGCUAAAAUCCGGCCAGGUGCCAACAUUCCUCAACGAUCGUCGUCAGUUCCUCAGCUGCAGCGGGAAUCAGAUAUAAGUCAAGGUUUGGCAGCGUUGCGCGAAAUGGGUUUCAGAGACGACGAGAAAAAUAGACGUGUGCUGCAUCAAACAAACGGCAAACUGGAACCAGCUGUUGAAAUUCUCUCUAAACUUCCAGGGCAACAGCCAAUUACCAUGCAGAGGAAGGAUCAAAUGACCGAACAACAAAUGCUGUCGAAAUUGUGGGGCCUGGGAUACAAAGACGAGUCAAAGUGCCGCGAUGCACUGCGACGAACUGGCGGAAAUUUGGAUGUUGCUAUUGAAAUUUUGGCGAAAGAGUCGAGGACUGGCGCUGUCACCCCACCUGUUCCACCCAAGAACAACGCACCACAGUCACUCAUAGAUGUCAGUGAAAAUAAUGUCAACAUUGCUCAGGGCAACAUGAAUCCAUACCAGGUGCAGGUACAGCAGAUGCCAGCACAGCAGCAGAUGCCUAUACAACAAAUGCCUAUGCAACAAUUACAAAUGCAGCAGCCCCAGGUUCAAACUAUAACUAAUCCAUUUGGCUCAUCCAUCAUAGAAUACUGGGAUGAACAUGGUUCAAAACAAUUCAAUGUCAAGUCAGAAUGGAUACCCGUUUGGCAUAAAUCAAUCUCAGCCGCAAUUACAACCACAGCUGACCGGAUUUAACCCAUCUCCAAUGAACCAAUAUCAGCAGCCAAUGCAGCAACAGACGUUCACAUCCAAUCCUUUUACGCAGAUGGCCACAUCUGCUAGCACACCCACUAAUUCAUUCGGUGGCGUUAACCCAUUUAACAGUCAACCUAUGACUCCCAAUGGCUUUGCUUACAACCAGCAGGUCACAGCAGGUCCUCAGAUGUCAGCUAUGAACCAGCCUCAAGGCAUGCCAGUUAGAUCCUUUACUUCACCAGACUUUAACCAGCCCAAUCAUUAUUUUGCUCGUAGCAAUAGUGCUCAUGAAUUCCAACCUAGUUCUGGCAUAAGCCAAGGCCAGAAUCCAUUUUUUUGAACAUAAAACGAGAUGAUAUUAUUGCCCAAGGAUAACAAAAAAAUCUACUCAGUAUUUUGGUGU